UGGGGCCUUUGUCUCUGCAGUCAUGAGGCCUGAGGGGGAGGGGACAGUGGUGAUAAAAGGCACCCAAGGCCGCUCCCACCCCCUUCCUCAGAACUGCUCCCACAUGCAGCUCCGGACACAGCCCCUAGCCCAGGUCCUGCCCUUCUCCCUUGGGGGGGUCCUGCGAGAUGCUGGGCUCCGGGUGCCUGUCAUUAAGAUGGGCACAGGAUGGCAGAACCUGCUGCGGACCCUGAAGGAAAUCGCCUACAUCCUCCUCUGCUGCUGGUGUGUCAAGGAACUGCUGGAUUAACGGCAGCAGGCACCUGCCUGCCCUCCCCAGGGGCGCCCGGGCUGGCAUCGCUCAGCACGCAGCCGACCUGCAUGGAGACUGCCGGGGCCAGCUGUUCACCACCACCACGGCUGGGCCACAGGCGACAAGCGCAGAGUGAAGUGUGGAUCCCACUCUGAGUUGUGCCAUCUGCCAGACCUGCCUCGCCGCCGGUGGGCACGAGCUCGGCCUGCUGGCUCAGACCCCAGUAAGACUGCAGCAGGACCUGGCACUCCUCCAGGCUUGGCACAGUGAGCCCGCCCG